GAGGUAUUUUGAUAUUUUCACGAUUUUCACCGGAACGCUGUUUCAAUUCUAGUUUUGUCGGUUUUUUUUUCAUAUUCAUUUGCAUUACUUUCAUCAUUAAACACUGUGUUUUUAGAAUAGUGCAUCGUACUAGUGCUUGCGAGAAUGCAAAACGAAAUGGAAAAUUCAACCUCAAUAAAGUUGGAAGAAUCCACUACGAUACAGGUUGAAGAGCUUAUCAUAACCGAUGUCUUAAAUGUGAAAAGUGAACCCAUCGAAAUUGACGGACAUUCCUGCGAACCGAUACCGACGACGACCUCCAGUGAUAAUACUCCGGUUGUGAAACAAGAAUCUGCUGCAAUAGACAUCAUUGAUGAAGUAACAGAAACGGUUUCUGCUGCAACAGCUGCUGAACACGAUAAAGCUGAUAGUUUCAGCAACUCGCACGCUUUGGAAGCGCACCCUCCUACUGGCACUGGCAGUGGCAGUCAACCGAAGCACAUUAGCGGCAUCUGUGGUGCGUCAUACAAGUCACGUAGUGGUUUACACAAUCACAAGGAAAUCCACACAUCCACAUCCGUUGAACCAAAACCUUACCAAUGUGACCACUGUAGUUCUCGAUUCACUCAUAAGCGUAAUCUCAAUUUUCACAGAAAGAAACACUUACCGAAGUUCAAAUGUAACUUAUGCAGUAAAACUUUCACGUCAAGGCAAACACUGAAGGAUCACCGUAUUAUAAAACAUACGUCGGAAAAGAAUUUGAAAUGCGACAUUUGCGGCAAAGAGUACCACAAGAUGAGUCUGUUUAAGAGGCACCUAAAAAUUCACAGCUCGGUGCGUUCGUAUAAAUGCGAUAUCUGCGGCGUUGCAUAUAAGUGGAAACAAAGUCUGGUGAAGCAUAUGAAAACUCACACCACAACGCAAUCUUUCGAAUGUGACAUAUGUGGUAAACUUUGUACACCCAAAACACUGCGGCAGCAUAAAACUUUAAAACACACGACGGAAAAAAAUUUCGCUUGUAGCAUAUGCGGUAUUGCUUUCCGUUUGAAACAACAGAUAACGAAGCAUCUGAAGAGGCACAGCUCGGAACUCCUACGCCGGUGUCCGGUUUGUGGAGAACAUUUUCCAUCUGAACAAAAGCUGGCGCGGCAUAUGCCUAUUCACAGCGAUGAGCGACCGUUCGAAUGCGACUUCUGUGAUGCAUCCUUCAAGAGACGCGAUACCUGGCAGAGACACCGGAAACGCCACAUAUCCGGCGAUCAAAAACCCCGCGACCGGAAACACGCUUGUGAUAUCUGUGACCGAAAGUUCACCACCAACUUUAUUCUCAUGUGUCAUGUGAGAACUCACACCGGAGAGCGACCGUACGAGUGUGACAUAUGUCAAAAAACUUUCAUCAAAGGCGGACAACUCAGAGCUCAUAAAAUCAAAAACCACACACAGGAAAAGAACUUUAAAUGUUCAGAAUGUGGUAAGGAAUUUCACUUGAGAACACAAUUAACACAGCAUCUGAAGCGACAUAAUCCCCAGUAUCAGCUCAUACAUAACCCGGAUUGCUCAUACAACUGUUUGACAUGCGGGAAAGUCUAUAAGAGUAAGUAUACGCUCGCUCAGCAUAUGUAUCAACACACAUCAGGUGGUCGAGCAUAUAGUUGCGACAUCUGCGGUGCAUCAUACAAGUCAAAUGCCGGAUUAUACCAGCACAGGAAAAUCCACACAUACGUUGAGCCAAAACCUCACAAAUGUGAUCAGUGCAGUGCUCGAUUCACCUAUAAGAAAGGUCUCACUAUUCACAAAAAGGAACACCUACCGUCAAGUUCCGAGAAAAACUUGGAUAAGAACAUCGGAACGUGCAUUGUUCUAGUGGUUGCAAGAAUGCAAAACAAAAUGGAAAAUUCAACUUCAAUAAAGUUGGAACAAUCCACGGCGAUAAAGGUCGAGGAGCUUAUUAUAACCGAUGUCGUAGAUGGAAAGGGCGAACCAAUCGAAAUGAGCGGAUACUCCUGUGAAACUAUAUUGACGGCGACCUCCAGGGAUGAUACACCGGUUGUGAUACAAGCAUCCGCUGCAAUAGACAUCAUUGAUGGAGUUACAGAAAUGGCUCCUGAUGAUGAAGCUGAUAAAACUGAUAAUUUCAGCAACUCGCACGCUUUGGAAGCGGAUCCUCCUACUGGCAGUGGUAGUCAACCGCAGCACAUUUGCGACAUCUGUGGUGCAUCGUACAAGUCACAUGCCGGUUUACGGGUGCACAAGAAAAUGCACAUAUCCACAUCCGUUGAUCCAAAGCCCUACAAAUGUGAUCAGUGUAGUUCUCGAUUCGUUCAUAAGCGUAGUCUCCAUUUUCACAAAAAGAAACACUUACCGCAGUUCAAAUGUGACUUAUGCAGUAAAACUUUCUCGUCAAAUCAAACACUGAAGAUUCACCGUAAUAUAAAACAUACGACGGAAAAGAGCUUCAAAUGUGACACGAUGAAGCAGUUGGAGACGCACCGGAAAUUGCACAGCUCGGAGCGUUCGUUUAAAUGCGAUAUCUGCGGCAAUGGAUAUAAGAGAAAAGACAUUCUUGUGAUACAUAUGAAAAUUCACACAAUGACGCAAUCUUUCGAAUGUGACAUAUGUGGUAAAAUUUGUACACCCCAUACACUACGGAAGCAUCAAAUAAAACACACGUUGGGAAACAAAUUCGCGUGUAACGUAUGCGGUAUUGCUUUCCAUUUCAAACACUUGCUUGCGAGGCACCAGAAGCGGCACAGUUCGGAACGUCUCCACCGGUGUCCGGUUUGUGGAAAAGAUUUUAUAUUUCGAUAUGAGCUUGCUCGGCAUAUGCCUGUUCACAGCGAUGAGCGACCGUUCGAAUGCGACCUCUGCGAUGCAUCCUUUAAGACACGCGAUGGCUGCCAGCAGCACCGGAAACAGCACAUAUCCGACGACCAAAAGCACGCUUGUGAUAUCUGUGACCGAAAAUUCGUCGACAACUGUAGUCUCACGUUGCACCUGAGAACUCACACCGGAGAACGACCGUUCGAGUGUGACAUAUGUCGCAAAGCUUUCAUCAGACGCUCAGAGCUUAAUUAUCAUAAAAGCCAAAACCACGCGCAGGAUGAGAAUUUCCAAUGUCCAUAAUGUGGUACGAAUUUUCGCUUGAAACCACCAUUAACAAAGUAUCUGAAAAUACAUAACCCGGAAGCCGGAACACUUACACAAUAUAGUUACUACGUACCGCGGACCCCCGUUCGUUUGAACAAUUUCUGAAGCAAACUAACGGGAUUGGGUUUUAAUUUGAACAGCUGGCAACCCUAAAUAUGCUGAAACUUGUAUAAACUGACCGCCCUGCUCUUUGUCAUAUAGUUUCGGUGGUUUGAUUUAGUUGGCAGUUGCAAGCAGCGAAUAUUGCAGUUGAAACCCGUAAUAAUCGAAGUAUGCAAAAUACGUCCGGCAAGUAUACUCACUAUCCUGAACUUCCGAUACGUUCUCGAUAUCGCUUUACGUCCUAGCAGUUCGGCUUCAUGACCCGACACGAGCAUCACUGGUAGCGGUUCACGUCUCACGCCGGCCAGCAGUGUCACGACGCAGCCUGGUGUGCCUAUCGUAAGGACGUCUGCAUCCGAUCGCGUGCCUUCUGUGUACUACCAGAACGUCAGAGGAUUACGCUUAAUGUUAUCAAGUUGUGAGUAUGACAUAAUUGUCUUCACGGAGACGUGGCUGCGGACUGAUAUCGGCAGCCAUGAAAUUUCGCCUGCCUAUGCUAUAUUCCGUUGCGACCGUAGUGAACUGACCAGCAAUCACUCACGAGGAGGUGGAGUGUAUCUUCCGCCCAAUUCGAGUACCGAGCUAUACUCAGCUCACGUAAGAGCAACACAGUGUGUUUUGGAUUGUCUUUCAGAAUCGGACAUAAUCUUGUCAAUAGGCGAUUUCAAUUUACCUGACUUGAAGCGGAAGGCCGACGAUAUUAAUAGGUAUAUUCCUUCGAGUGCCUCAGCUGAAAUUGAAUUACACUUCACAGACGCAAUGUUUUCCAAUGGCUUGAGACAAAUUAAUCAUUGUUGCCUGUCGACUAUCAUCACGAACCAUUCAUUUUAUUACUUGACAAGAUGGACGCGACAA